AUGACAUCUGGUAUUAGUAGCGUUUGUGUUUAUUGUGGUUCUAGUUUUGGAAACGAUUCAAAAUACUCGGAACAGGCUAAAGCGUUGGGUGAGCUGCUGCACAAGUUGAAGUGGAGAUUGGUGUAUGGCGGUGGUAGUACUGGUUUGAUGGGAACGAUAGCUAGUUCUGCUAUGGGGCCGGGUUGCGACGGUAAGGUGUUAGGUAUCAUCCCGAAUGCUUUGGUAGCGAAGGAAAGAGACUCUGGCGACGAUGCAGAUGUUAACGCCAAGCUCAGGGAGUCAGUUGACAACCACAAGGGUUCUACGCCGAUCUCGAGCAAGUAUGGGGAGACCUGUGUUGUGCCAGACAUGCAUACGAGAAAGCGGAAGAUGGCGGAGGAGAGCGACGCGUUUGUUGCGAUGCCUGGCGGGUACGGUACGCUGGAAGAGAUCAUGGAGUGUAUUACGUGGUCGCAGCUGGGCAUUCACGGUAAGCCUAUAGUGCUGUUCAACAUCGACGGGUUUUAUGACCGUCUGUUGGAGUUUAUUGGGCAUUCGAUCAAGGAGGGCUUUAUUAGCAAGAAGAACGGUCUCAUCAUCGAGGUGGCCACGACUCCAAGAGAAGUGAUCGACAAGAUUGCGCAUUACGCCGUUCCCGAUGGAAGAUUCAACCUGCACUGGGAUGACGAAGGCCGUAACCACGGCUAG